GUGAAGAAUGUUCUCUCGUUUUUAAAAAAUGGUUUGGCUUAUAGGAUUUGUUUGAGCUUUUAAAAUGAUUAGAAAACUUUUCAUGAUCCUACUUCUGUUGUUUAUGACUCUGGGAGAAGCAAGGAAAUCAUUUCUUAGUUUUCUGAAUAUAGAGAAGACUAAAAUACUAUUUUUCACAAAGACUGAAGAAGCCAUCAUUGUCAGGUCAAGUUACAAAGAUAAACAAGCUAACUUCAGCCACCUCUUUGUGCAAACAGAAGAUCCUAAAAUUCUGCAGGCGGUGAAUGUGACCAAAACCUCAUCAGAUGUUACCAACUUUACGAUCAACCUAGUGACAGAUCAAGAAGGAGAGACAAAUUUGACCAUUCAACUCUGGGUUCCUGAAGGACACCUCACCUCUGUUCUGGAUUUUGGACAUUAUGGUAAUACACAUGUUAUGGUGCCAGAUCUGCGAAGAGUAAACAUUUUAAGGGCUAUAGAGUAGUCCUGUGUCUUAUGCAAUGCAACCUUUUGCACCAUGUAUAUUCCUGCCGUGUGGACUUUGGAGACAUGUUCAAUCCAUUCUCUACUCUCACAGAGGAUAAAUCACUUAACUUCUCUGAGCCUUCAGUCUCAUGUUUCUGAUGAAGUAAAUCAUAUCUUCUUCAUGGAACUGUUGCAACGUUUAAGCUAAACAAUGCACACGAAAACACAAUUGCCUGAAGCGCUUCAAGUCAAUAAAUAAGAACUAAAUGAAUUAUGAAGAACAGGAGCUGUUGGGGCUGGUUAUCUUUUUUUUUCUUUUUUAAAUCUGCCAUAGAUUUACCUGGUACUGGUUCAGCAAAUUAGUCCUGCAUAACCGGAGUCAUAAACCCAAUUUACGUUUUGUCAAAUUGUAAGUACUAUGGAAUAAAUGCGAGAAAGGGAAAUCGGAAAAGGGCACAAAUGAAAGAAAGAAGGGGUGAGCAAAAUGGAAAAGAAAGGCAUCCUUGGAGAAGGACAAGCAAGAUAAAAGAAGUUAGAAGAACCAGAGAUUAAGAAAAGGAUAUGCAGG